AUGAAUGAGACUGAUUUAUUAAGAAGUAAAAGGGAACUAUUUCACAGUGAAAUUAGAAAAAAUCAAUUAGAAAAAAUCUUUAAUGUGAAAAGAAAAGUUUCAAAUUCUGAUACACUUAUUUCUGAUUAUUAUGCUUAGUAAAUACAAUAUAUGGGCAAGAUUAAAUUAUUGGAUCUAUUAGUAUUAAUAAAUGAGAAAGUAAAUAAACCUAUUAUUGAAAUGGUUUAAAAUGAUCUUGGUGUUUAGUUAUGUAAAUUUCUUAAUUUAAAUGAACUCUAUUCUAAUUGGGAUUUGUUUAAAAAUAUAUUAACUUAUUUAAAUAAUUUAGUAUUAUUGCCAGAUGAACAUUUGUGUAAUUAUCCAAAAUUUAAUGACAUGCUUAUAGCAUUUUCAUAAUUAUUUAUACUUUUAGAAUCUGAAAUAUUUCGAAAAGGAUUUUGUAUCAAAGGAAACGACUAAAAUUAUCCAUUAGAAAUGGGAUAAGAUGAUAUAUGUAGAUUAUCAUAUACAUUCAUUAAAAUUGGUUAAAUUUUGAUGUAUUCAUCAACAACAUUUUAAUCAAGAGGAGAAUUAUUAAGAAGUAAAGUUUUUGUACAUAGUAUAUGUCAUGCAUUUCAUGUAUUUAUUUAUAAUACAUAAUUUAGAAUUAAAUGGAUAACAAUGUUCUAGAAUUCCAUCUACAAUUAAUUGCCUCUUUAUUGUAGGAUUUGUACAAGUAGGAUAAUGAUUGUAAAAAACAUGUUGAAGUCUUUAUUAAACCUAUUUGUAGUGCAUUGUCAACUAAAAAUUUGGAUAAAUUAAAUUAUUUAUUAUAAAUUUUGCUUAAUUUGACAUUUGUAGGAAUGCAUAAUGGAUAUGUAUAAAAUAUAUAUAGAUAUUCAAAAUUAGAUUAAUCAAAUUUUUUAAUUUAAUGGAGCUUUAUAAUUGAUGUCAAUUUUGAAUGAAGGUUAUAAUGAUUAAUUGACUUUAAGAAUUAUAGCAGAAAUAGCAUCAUAAAGUCCAGCUCAUAUUGAAAUUCUAAAUAAAAAUGGAUUAGUCUAAUAAUUAAAAACUAAACUAUGUUCAAAUAAGUAAUUAAUCUAUAUUUAAUAUAAUAUAGUAAAUUAGUUUAAAAUUAAGCCUUAUGGGUCUUAGAAUUUUGUCUUUGUGGAGGCAAAUAAUUUUAUGAUAUCAUAUUUACAUAAAAUGAUAUUACAAAUUAUGUUAUCCAAUUAUUGAAUUCAUAAGAUGAAUAGAUACAUAUUUAAGCGUGUUUUACUUUAUGUGCAUAUCUUCAAAAAGGUAAUUUUCAAUAAACACAAUAACUAUGUUAAUCUAAAAUACAUUUAAAAGUAUUUUAAUUUUUGCAUUUGCAAAAUGUAGAAUUAUAAUAGGCAAUUCUUGAAGUUAUUGUAGAAAUAUUGAACAAAGAAACAUGGCAAAGUAAUGAAUACUCAUUGAUAUGUCCGUCUGAAAAAGAAAAUUUACGUUUUAUUUUAGAAAAGUUUGAUGGAGAUCAAUCUAUAUAUUCAAUGAUAAAUAAUGUAUUAUCAUAUUUAUGAAAUUAUAUAUAAUAUAAUUAUAAUAAAAUGCCAAAAAUUUAUAAAAAUUGAAGCAGUAAAUUAUAAGGACAUUAAAUUUGAUACUGAGAAAGAAUAAUUUUUCAAUUUCUAUUUUGAAGUACCUUAAAGAUGGUUUUAAGAUGAUGGAGAAAUAAUUUUUGGUUUAAAGUUCCUCAUUUUAUUCAUAAAAAAGUAAUCUAAAAUUAUACAAAAAUAAGGGCAUGUCUUUCUGUAGUAAAACAGAACAUAAUAAAAUUGAAAAGAUAGAAUUAAUAUAAAUAUUUCUUAAAAAUAUGUUGUAAAAAGAAAAAAUGUUCAUAUUUGAUUAAUAGUACUAUAAAAAAAUGA